GGGAGAAUGAACGUUUGACAGCCGCUGCUUUGCCUGUGCAGAUUGUUUCGAAACUAAAUAACACCUAUGCUUAAUUUAUUUGUUAAAGAUUUCGGGUAGUUAGACAGUACCUCUGCUUUUAUGGCCGCUGCCGUAAGGAAUAAUGUUUGGGUUGCUCCGGGGCAGGACGCGCAGUUUCUCCAUAAAACCGCCGCACCACUGACAGCCGACGGUCUGAGAGGUGAAGAUCAUGGACAAGUUCUCUUUAGCGCGAGGGAUACCAUCCCGGGAACUUCAUCUUUUCAUGAUUACAAUUUGGGUAAAUCAGAGAUGGACAGCUACUUGUCUCCACACCCACAGGACCUUUUAAAUUCCAAAAUGUUGUGCAGGGAUGGCGCUCUGGUGCUCGAGCCGCCUCUCACAGAGGACUUUGCCUCCCCUUACAGCGUCAACAUGAGCCUGCUCCUUCCUGAUGUCACAUACCUGCACCCUGGUCUCUGCAGGACUAUGAGACAGAUUAAAACAGAGCCGUCACACUCCCUGAUGCACCCCACCUGUCAGGGCAACGGAGUGCCACCAACACUUCCAGGUGUUUUUAGUGCAGCUGACACAGCAAGUGGCAACUUUUUCAUCAAACAGGAAGUGCCAGACUUCCAGGAUGUGCCCCUGUUUCAGCUUUUGAACUCAGAUUUGGAGCAGCUCGUUCAUGGGUCGCAGCUGAACUCCAUCCCCAUGGCCCCACUAAGUCUUCCAAAUGGGAACGUCCAUGUAGGCCCAAUGCAGAAUUCUGCUAAACCCACAAGCAGUCCUCAGAGUGAAUGUUUUCAGUUUAAUCGACACGUAGGCCAUCAGCAGAGACCAACCUAUUUGCCACCUUCUCCGCCAAACUCUGAGCCUCCAAGUCCAGAAAGGGCAAAAGAGCUCCUUCACAAUCUGUCCCCCCCUCCCUCCUACGAAGCCAGCAUCGCCUCUAAGUUAAAUAUUCAGACCCAUAAUCCCAUUGAUCCAGGACAGACUUCCAGUGUAGCACCAAUCCAAAGUCCAGACCACAAUUCCAGUAUCGGAUUAGUCCAAAGUCCAGGUGCUGGACCAGUCCAGCAUUCAAGCCUGACACCAGUUCAGACAACGCCAGGCAUUGGCCCACUGUCCCCAGUGUUGGCCCAAUCAGCUCCAGUCAAGUACAAUCGAAGGAAUAAUCCUGAUCUGGAGAGGCGGCGGAUUCAUCACUGUCAUGUCCCAGGAUGCAAGAAAGUAUACACCAAGUCUUCUCAUUUAAAAGCCCAUCUACGGACACAUACAGGAGAGAAGCCUUACCAGUGCUCCUGGGAGGGAUGUGAAUGGCGCUUUGCUCGUUCCGAUGAGCUGACUCGCCACUUCAGGAAACAUACCGGAGCAAAGCCUUUCCAGUGUGGAGUAUGUAACCGCUGUUUCUCCCGCUCUGACCACCUGGCCCUCCACAUGAAGAGACACCAGCGCUAGAAACGCCCUCCUGCAAAUCAAAUCAAUCUUUUUAUUUUUCAGUAAACACGGACAAAGACCUGGCACUUACAUAUCAGCAAACAGACAAAUUAAAAACUAUGGAUUAUUCCACUUACUUCCCAGUGAAGAUAUUCUUAGCAGUGCUGGCCCACAUCUAAUUUUUUCUUUUAUUGUAAAAAGAUUAAAUAUUACUGUUGCCUUAUUUUAUUUCCAUGUCCAAGAUUGGAGGACUUUUCCUAAGGUGUCAGUCAAAAAUGAUUAGCCAAAUGUAAUAAUGAAAUAAUAAUUAUUUUCUUUAGAUUUUGUUUUACUGCUAAAUACAUGGACAAGUUUUUGGGAAAUAUCAGUGUUUAAUUUUCAAGGUUUUCAGUGUACAGAUUAUAUCUAUAAUGCAUUAUAUGGGCAUUUAUUUAAUUAACUUAAAUAGCAAACUGCCAUACUGUAAGUGCUGAGGUAGAUCAAGAUGUGUUGUUUUGGCCAGAGGGUAAAGGGACAGAGUGCGUGUAAUAUAAAAAAAUAACACAUCUGUUAGUUAAAGUUGUACCUAAAUAAGUUAUGGGUCUCAUAAAAGACAGUACGAAGACGUGAAGAGUAAAUGAAUGUUGGGAUGAGGUCUGUCUGCAAGCCGGUGAACCAUGUGGUGAGUGCAAUGCUUACAGCUUGAGUUUAACACUGCCAGAGUUAUCGGAUUCUUUGUCACUGGGGAUAACUUUACUCAAAGCAAAACAAAAUCUGUCUUUAUCUGAAAUGAAAGGAAGAUAAUGGUUAUGAGAUAUUAAUCAUAUUCAUUUGGACUGCAUUGUGAACGUUCUAUAUCUAUGCCCUUAUAAAAUAACAUACAUAUGGACAUUACAGAAAGUGUUAAAUGCUUUUAGGUAGAGAUAAAUCCAAAUGGUACAUUUUUUAUUACAUUUAUUACAGGAAUUUUAUGAUCACUAUAUGGAUUUUAUUUAAUUACUGAAAAGGUUUAACUUAUUUUGAUGGGCUUGUUUUACGCCACGCCAACUGUUUUGACUACAUGACAUUUCAGCAGCAGGUCAGAGUUAUUUUCUUUCCCCUUGAAGUUAUGAUAGACAAGUUGAAGUUCGUCCAUCUUGAUUUUGUUUUGGUUACAUUAGGGAUUUUGUUCUGCUCAUAACAGGAUUACAACAUCAUAUCACUGAUUAUUUGUCUUUCUAAGUGGUUGCAAAGUGGUAUCUCUGAGUUUGAGAUAUAUUUUUUUUUAGGCUUGGACUGAGCACCUGCCAGUCUGAACAUCUGUGAACGCUUUUGGUUUCUUUGACUACUAUCCAUGUAUUCAAACACCUUUUGAAAGUGCCUUUAACUGCUUGCUUUUUUUUUUUUUUUUUUUUUUUUUUGGAUGAAUGAAAAACAAAGCUGCCCCAUUGGGACAAUGUUCUUUUAUCAGGUACUCUACUCUGCCAUAAUGAUUGUGUAUGUUGGCUGCCCCUCCUUAUUUCCACAAUACAUCAGUUUCUAUUCAUGGCCAAAUUUAUUCAUGAUUUGAGUCUAGUUGGACAAAAUAGAUUUUUCCAAGUUUCUAUAAUUUGUUAAGAUGUAUAUAUUUUGUGUCUACUGUUUGAGAUACAGUCCAUUGAUUGUUUUUGGGUGUAUGAAAAUUUUAAUUUUUUUUUUUUUUUUUUUUAAAUUGCAGAGACUUUAUUUUUAUUUCUUGGCAAAGUCUAAGAAGGAUCAGAUUAUGAAAUAUUGUCUCAGUCUACACUGUCAUCACUUUCUCCAGCCAAGGUAGCAGCUCAGUGGAGUUUGUGCCAGUGAAUUAUUGCAAUACUUUUAAAAAAUAUAUACACAAAUAUUUUGACAUGGUUGACACACAUUAAAGUGUUACAAUAUUUUCUGUCAUAGCUUCAUAACAUGAAGAUGUAACCUAAACUGAUAAAUUGUGCUACAAAGCCAUGUGACUCUCAUAAUGCAAAUAAAAGUUUUGUGUUGAAUAUUA